AUGACUUCCAUGCUGGAACGCCUGGCUUCCCUCAACCCAUUCCACAGCAGCACUCCUGCCUGGGCAAGGGACGAGGACGCCUGGGCGCUGGCAGCUCGGAAACGGAACCGGAUGCUGGCAGCCAAGCUCAAGGUGAAAUCUGGCGAUGGUCAGAGCUUCGUGGCGGCCACGUACCACAUGCCAUGCCUGUUUGAUGUCCCUAUACAAAGGCAGGCGAAGGCCAUUCAUGCCGUUCUGCUGCGGGACGCUCUGAAGAUGCGCUUUCCGGAGGAGUCAGCGUUGGUCCUGGCCGGAGACUUCAACACGAAGCCUGAGGAUUCAGAGCUUGACUUGCUGAAAACAGGGAGGUUGCCGGAGUCGGAUGUAGCCUGGCCCCCUCCAAGGGAGGAGGGGCCAGACUUUGCCAGCUGGCAGAAUGGGGCCUCGCUGCAACUCCACAGCGCCUAUGCGGCGGCCCUAAGCAGCGAGCCCGAGUACACCAACUAUGCGUGGAUCGAGGGAAGUCCGACGCCCUUUCGGGCAACCUUGGACUACAUCUUCACCACCUCAGCGAUUGAGGUGGUUCAGGUUCUGCCUCUGCCGCAAGUGCCUUCGGGGGAUCCAGUUCUGCCCACUGCAGAGAUGCUUGGCUGCAAAGCUUUGGAGAAGUUUUCCUGGGUUUGGAACGAUGCGGCGACAGAACUCUUUGACAAAAUGGCGAAGAACUGGAAGAAAGAGAGAGCCGGAAGCCUCCGCCAGAUGCCGAUGUCGUGCAGUUCUCGACCCCGCUUCUUGGAUGCGGAGACGGAGGGGCAGCUGACGAUUGACGUCAUGCGCAUGGGAUCAAUGAAAGGUGUAGUGAAGGUGUGGUACAGAACAGUAGAUGCUUCGGGGGAAGCGGGCGUGAAUUACGAGAAGGCCUUUGGUGAGCUGAUCUUUGGAGAUCAGGAGUACCGGAAAAGCAUCGACAUUAGCAUCAUACCCACGCCCGAUGGCUGGAACCCGCUGACCGAGUUCCAGGUCAAGUUGUUCGAUCCAGAGGACUGCAAUCUUGGCAAUUACCUACACACCUGCCGGGUCAAGCUCAUUGAUGACGACACCUUCCCCUCCAGCAAGUAUUUUGAGGAACUCAGGCGCCCUGGGGGCAUCGAUGAGAUUAGCUCCGUCGGCCUCUUCCGAGAGUAUUGGAAGCUCUGCUUUACAUUUCGUGGGAUCGGCAGCCGGACAGCAGUGAAUUUGAUCUUUGAUCAACUGAAGAAUGCGUUCCGCUACUACAUGCUGUACCUCAACAUGUACAUGGUUGAUGUCCUUUUCAAUCUACAAGAUGAAGAAGCGAAGCAUGAGCUGAUCCUGCCUAGUCGAGUCGAUACUGCAUACCUCGUUGCUGUGGCAUAUUUGCUUCCUACACUGGUGCUGCACGUCUGGGACAUCAUGAGAGCUGUCAUGGACGUCGAGGGGCGUUUGCAGGUGCUUCUGAAGAGCUACCUGUUUCGCAGAUACUUGAACUACAGCGAGGAAUCUCGUCAAUCCGUAGCUCCACCCGACAUGCUGGUUGCGUUGGGUGCGGGCGCGGAGGCCGCAGCCAAAGGUUACGCCCAUGUCAUGCCUCUCUGUCAGCAGGUGGGACAGCUUGGCGUCUUCAUUUACUUCACGGUCUCCGAGAACCCGGGAGCCACCUACUUGUUAAUGGCGAUGCCGUCCGUGAUGGCUGUUUUCCUGCUGUGGAAGCUCUGCAUGAGGGAAGAUCCCGCGGAGCCCGAGGUCAGCGCUCAUAGCUUAGCCGCCGAAGUCUGCCAAAGGUACCGUCUGGUUGCGGACUACAGCAAGCGGUCGAAGGUCAAUGAUGCUUUCGACGAGUUGACAGAAACUGAGCGUGCCGACACGGUCCCCCUGAACGUAGCCUCCGUGAACAACGACUACUUCCCCGCCUGGCUGGGACCUUUGUUCGUGUCUGCCUACAUCGUCAUCGACGCGGGAAAGGUCUUUGAAGGUGAGCUUUCCUUGGGAACCUUCCUGGCGACGGUGGCAGUGAUGCGCGACGUCAGUAGUGAGUUUGGGAGGCUCUACCACCUGAUCCUGGAGCUUGCUGAUCUCAUGAUCUCUAUCAGACAGCUGACCUUGUACAUCAACAAGAGGACAGAUUUGCGGCCCCGAAAAGCGGUAAAUCGUGAGCGCCGGGCUCUGACGAAGGAAGCGCGCAACGAGGUCAUGCGCGAUGCCACCCUGAAGCAUCCGGACGGUGAGUCCACAGCUUUCAAGACGGACCUCAUCCCCAUCAAGUUGGUGGACGUGUCCUAUGGGUGGGAUCCCCAGAAGCCGAUCUUCAAGGAUGUGAAUAUCUCCGUGCCACAGGGUAAGCUGGUGGCUGUGAUGGGAGCGCAUGGGACAGGCAAAGCGACAUUGCUGAAGCUCAUGGGUGGGACAAUCUUCCCAAACAAAGGGACGGUGUUCGUCCCAGCCCAUCUCAGAAUGCUGCAUGUGACGCAAGAAGCGGUGAUUCUCAACGUCUCACCCUGGCAGAAUCUGACCUUUGGGGCUUCCAAUCCUGACGAAGUGGACCCAAUGAGGGUCCGCCACAUCUGUCAGCGGCUUCGGAUGAAAGCAGUGCUUGAGAUGAUAGAGGACGAUUUGCGGAGGGUCGAGGAUCCAGAUGCAGAGAAGCAAAAGAACCUCGUGUUCAUAAACAGCAGCUGGCAAGACUCCCUCACAUACUCCGAGAAGGUAAAGAUUUGUCUGGCGAGAGCGCUGCUGAUGAAUCCAAACCUCAUGGUCUUGCAGAGACCACUGCACCACUAUGAUGAUGCAACUGGCGAUCUCGUCCUGAACUUGCUGAAGGAGCAUGUGGCAAAUCGCGGACUCGAACUCCCUGAAGACAGCAUCCUACAGCGUCGUCCUCGCUCCUGCUUUCUCACGGUGGAGUCGGCGAAGGAUGCACAAGCUGCAGAUGCCGUUUGGUACAUUGAGCAGUCAUCGAUCCGCGCACUGAAGCCGGAAGAGGUGACAGACGAGUUCUUCACUCGAAGGAUCAGCCGCCAUGGCCGCAAUGCCGUGGUUGAACACAACGAGAACAACAACAACAUUUCCAAUGAAACCUGCUGA